AUGGCGACGUUCGAGCUACGCACCAGUCGCCAAAAGGGCCCCAAGUUGGGCAAAGUCAGAGUGAACCACUCGCUCUUGGAUGAAAAUGUCAGAAAUCCGGAGUCAAUAAGGAUUCUGGCAUUGAGUCCAUUUUCUGCAAGCAAUGAGGCUGGGAUCGCCUCCACGUUGGGAAUGUCCCGCAAAAGAUCCACAAAUCGGGAACUGAUGGUGUCUGAAUUGGUGUGA